AUGGGCGAAUACACCCCUCAUCCCGGAAAUGCUCUAAGGACAGAGUUAACAGAAUUUGCUCACCGCCGUAGCAAUGAGGGGCCCUAUGCGGAUAAUUUGGACGUGGAUGUUCUAAUCGUUGGAGCCGGUUUCGGAGGCACGUACCUUCUCUACGAACUGCGCAAGGCCGGCUAUCGGACCACUGUAUAUGAUGCAGGCACCUCCUUCGGGGGCACUUGGAGGUGGAACGUUUAUCCUGGCGCCCGAGUUGACAGCGAAGUUCCGAUAUACGAGCUUGCCAUCCCCGAGGUUUACGAGACCUGGCACUGGACAACUAACUAUCCAGACUGGAAGGAGCUACAAGCGUAUUUUGCCCACGUUGAUAAGGUCCUAAACCUCUCUAAGGACGUUGCUUUCCAAACCGUGGUAACCUCGGCAGAGUUCGACGUUGAUUCCGGCAAAUGGACAGUGAGAACUUCAGACGGACGCAACUGUAAAGCCCGGUUCUUCAUCGCGGCCUCUGGAAUGGCCGCCAAACGCUAUAUUCCUCAAUUCAAAGGCCUCGAAAAAUAUAAAGGUGUGAUCAAUCAUACUUCCUUCUGGCCUAAUGAAGACGUCGAUGUUCAAAACAAAAAUGUUGCGGUGAUCGGUACCGGCGCCUCGGGGGUUCAAGUUGCCCAAGAAUGGGGUCCGACUGUCAAGAGUAUGCACGUCUUUCAGAGGACACCAAAUCUUACUAUACCCAUGAGAAGACGAGACCUCACGAAGGAGGGACAAGAUCAGCUUAAAAGCAUCUAUUCAAUGGUGCACGAAUUUCGCGAUCGAUGCUUCGCAGGCUUUCAUUAUGAUUUCUGCGAGCGCAAUACCUUUGACGAUACUCCGGAAGAGCGCGAGGCAUUUUUUGAGAAUCUCUGGAAGAUAGGUGGUUUCCGCCUUUGGCUUGCCAACUACAAGGACUUCUUGUUUGACGACAAAGCAAAUCGCGAGACUUACAACUUUUGGCUCAAGAAGCAACGGGCGCGACUUACGGAUCCUGUCAAACAGGACCUCCUUUGCCCUCUUGAACCACCGCAUCCGUGGGGUGUAAAGCGACCUUGCUUAGAGCAGAACUACUACGAAGUUAUGGACCAAAAGAACGUCACAAUCGUCGACAUUAGCGACGAAUCUGGAAAUAAUAUUGCAGAGUUCACAGAGAAGGGAAUUAAGAUGACGAACGGUGACGAAUACGAAUUUGAGGUUGUCGCCCUUGCGACCGGCUUCGACGUCGCCACUGGCGGGCUAACUCAGAUGGGACUCAAGUCUAUCCGUGAUACAACUCUUGAUGACGAAUGGAAGACGGGCAUCAACUCAUUCCUCGGAGUCACCAUUGAAGGAUACCCUAAUUUCUUUUAUCUUUAUGCGGCGCAUGGUCCUACGCUUCUAUCUAAUGGUCCAUCAUGUGUGGAGGUCCAGGGUCGAUGGAUUCGCGAUGCGAUUAAUAUGAUUACCAGACAAGAUAUCAAGUACAUCAACCCGACUGACGAGGCAACUAAGCAGUGGAGGGAAAGAAUCGAUAGCCUCGCGAGCGCAACACUAUUUCCCAAAGCAAAGCGAAGCACUUACAUGGGAGGUAGUAUUCCUGGGAAAAAACGCGAAUUCGUCAGCUAUGCUGGCGGCUUGGGCAAUUACAGCGCAGAAAUUCGGGCCUGUUUGACAGGAUUCAAGGGGUUUGAGGUUGUGAAAGCCUAG